CAUAGGAUAGGAGUAACAAAAAAAAAUAAGAAAGUAGAGAAAUAGUUGAGAGAUAAGAAGAACACGUACAGACUAGACUAGACUAGGGGCGACCUAAUAAGAAAGAACACAAAUAUCUGUGGCCGCCGGAGAAAUGGCUGGAAAAUUCAUUCUGGCGGUGUUCGCCGUCGUCGCACUCUUCGUACAGAGUACCACCGCCGUCACAUACACCGUCGGAGAUAACUUGGGUUGGACUGUUCCCCCCUCUCCCAAUACCUACCCUAGUUGGGCUUCUCCGAUCACAUUUCGUGUUGGCGAUAUUUUAGUCUUCAACUUCGCUAGCGGAGCACAUGACGUGGCCACGGUCACAAAGCAAGCUAUUGACUCAUGUAACACCAACUCUCCCAUCACCAUGCAGACCAUCGCUCCGGUCGCCUUCUCUCUAAACAACAUCGGCGAGAUCCACUUUAUUUGCACUUUCGGCAGUCACUGCUCCCUUGGACAGAAAUUCUCCAUCAACGUCACCUCCGCCGCCCCUGCACCCGGCGCCCCAUCCCCGCCCACCACCCCUGUACCCGCAACCCCACCGCCGCCCACCACCCCUGCACCCGGCACCCCAUCCCCGCCCACCACCCCUGCACCCGGCGCCCCAUCUCCACCGACCACCCCUGUACCCGCAACCCCACCGCCGCCCACCACCCCUGCACCCGGCACCCCAUCCCCGCCCACCACCCCUGCACCCGGCGCCCCAUCCCCGCCAACCACCCCUGCACCCGCAACCCCACCGCCGAUGACCACCCCUGUACCCGCAGCCCCAAUGCCGCCGACGACCACCCCUAUGCCGCCGACGACCACCCCUGUACCCGCAACCCCGACACCUUCUGUUACACCCACCACUCCGGCACCGGAAUCUUCAUCGCUUCCUCCAUCAGCAUCCACCCAGCCGCCAAUGCGAAUGCCAGGAGGCCCCACAGUUUCCCCAUCGGCGUCACCCAAUCCAUCUACCACUUCGCCUCCAGGCGCCGCAACUCCACCUGGAUCAUCCUCUCCUUCGCCAACUACUACAACUCCCACUCCUCCCAAUGCGCCACCACCGCCUAGCUCUGCGACGAGAAGCAGCCUGACUGUUGUUGGAUUUAUGGGGACGUUGAUGGCCAUUGCCAUGGGGUUAACUCUAUAAUUAUGAAUUUUUUGGAGAGCAUGCAUGAUUUCUAUAUGUUUAAUUAAUUAAUUAGCAUUUUGUUUAUGUUAUUAUAUUCAGAUUUUGUGUAUAUGGCAAUUUGUCAGGCCAUUAUUCGUUAUUAAGUAUUUUGAAUAAAAGUUUAUUAUUGAUUGUCUUUCAA